ACCUGCUACAACUCAUUGUAACAAAACUAGCAAGCUAGAGACUUAAUUAAACUGAACCCUUUUCCUUCAGAGAACUUCCAGUAGCUCCAACAAUGGCUGCUUCCACAGAGAAUCAAGUCAAAAAAUCCAGCGUUUACUACAACGCCGACGAUGCUGGCGUUUUGGCCAUGGAAAUUCCAGGUUCUGUAGUCCUUCCUAUGGUUUUGAAAGCCGCUAUAGAGCUGGAUCUGCUAGAGAUAAUAGCUAGAGCUGGCCCAGAUGCCCAGCUUUCAUCUUCUGUGAUAGCAUCCCAGCUCCAAACACAGAACCCAGAUGCACCUGAGAUGAUUGAUCGCAUCAUGAGGCUUCUAGCCAGCUACUCCUUCCUCACCUGCUCUCUUCUUACACACCAUGAUGGCUGUGUUGAAAGGCUCUAUGGCUUGGCACCAGUCUCCACCUUUUUUCUGGCAAAUCAUGAUGCACCAAUGGCUGGUUUCUUGAAGAUGUUAAAUCACAAGGUCUUCCUCCAGAGCUGGCAUCACUUGAAAGAUGCAGUUUUGGAAGGAGGAACUCCAUUUGACAAAGCCAAUGGUGUCUCUGUGUAUGAAUAUGCUGCUACUGACCCAAGUUUCAAUGAGUCUUUCAAUACAGCAAUCCUAAGGGGAACCAUCAAAACCAUGAGGGAAAUACUUGAGAAAUACAAAGGUUUUGACAAUGCCAAAGUAGUAGUUGAUGUGGGUGGUGGGAUCGGAGCUGCACUUGAGUUGAUCACUUCCAAGAAUCCUAACAUCAAGGGUAUUAACUUCGAUUUGCCUCAUGUUAUACAAAAUGCACCAACUUAUCCUGGUGUGCAGCAUGUCGGUGGAGACAUGUUUGUAAAUGUUCCAACAGGAGAUGUCAUUUUUUUAAAGGCGGUACUUCACAACUGGGGUGAUGAUCAUUGUUUGAAGUUGUUGAAAAUUUGCUAUGAAGCAUUACCAAAGGAUGGAAAAGUGGUUGUGAUUGAAAGGGUUCUUCCUGUAGCCCCAGAGACCACAGUUGAUGCAAAAGCCAUGUUCAGACUAGACUUAUUUAUGUUGGCUCAACACCCUGGAGGAAAGGAAAGGACAGAGAGAGAGUUUGAAAUCUUGGCAAAGGGGGCUGGGUUUAUUGGUUUGAAAUUAGUUUGUUGUGCUUUUAACCAAUGGGUCAUGGAAUUGUAUAAAAACCACUUGUAAGUCUUUCACCACCAAGGUCUUGGUUUGGAGUUAGUAUGUAUGGGAUUGUUUUCAUAUGCACCCCUUGGCAUUUGUAAUAAUUGUACCCAAAUCUCAUUUAAUAAUCUAAUUAAGAGGAAAGAUGAUAUAUGUUUUA